AUGGCAGCUUCCAAGCCUAAAAGAUCAGUCAAACAAACACUCAAUCCAGAUUUUGUGUAUGACUUUCCUGCUAUGGUUUUUCCUACUGAUUUUGAUCCACAUGCGACUCCCUCGGCGGCCGCUCAGUCGGCCGCACAGGUCCCAGCGAAAACGCCAGCUGUGACGGGCGCUGUGGCAAAGAAGAAAUCUACAAAAUCCGCCAACAUUCAAGACCAACUGGAGCUGGAGCGGUUAAAACAGCAAAACCUUCAACUGGAGUUAAAGCUUCUUUCACAGAAAGAAAAAACUCGGCGCAGAAGCACUCCAAACAACACAAGACAAAAUGUCAGCUGA